UUUUAGCAGUUGGGCGCUUAACAAAGGUUAAGGGAUUUGAUUUGUUGAUAAAAACUUGGGAAAAAGUUUGUAAAAACAAUAAAGAAUGGACUUUAUAUAUCGUUGGUGGAGGGCCAGAAGAGGAGGGUUUGAGGAAGUUAGCUGAAGAAUUAAAAAUUAGUGAUCGAAUUAUAUUUACAGGAAUGACAUCUGAUGUCUCUAAAUAUUAUAUGAAAAGUUCCUUAUUUUGUCUAAGUUCAAGAAAUGAAGGUUUACCAAUGGUUCUCUUAGAGGCUCAAUCUUAUGGUCUACCUAUAGUAUCUUUUGACUGUGAUACGGGACCUAGUGAUUUGGUUGAACAUAAUGUUAAUGGCUUUUUAGUUCCUCCAGAGGAUAUAUCUUCUAUGCAGUAUUAUUUAGAAAAAGCUAUGAGUCUUGAUGAUA